CCAGCUGCGCCCCGCCCUUUGACUCACCCAUAUACAGUCGCUAAGAUGUAUUUUUUCCUGUUUCUUGGUUGUUCAUGACGCGGUUCAUUAGCCCCGUGAUCAGGAGGGUGCUGUCAAAACGCGCUUUUUCCGCCUCAGAGCUCACAAUCGACACUGUGUUGUUAUAGAGACUGAAUUAAAAAGAGUUACCAGGCUAGUUAGCAUUAGGCUCUGCGCCUGCAAUGCACUUGCUAGCUAUGAGGCAGGUUAGCAUAUUGUAACGUUAUGGCGUGACGUUGGACUUGAAAGUGGUUGCUUUGUCGACGACCUGGCCAAGCCUGUGGAACUACCCUGUUAUUUUUGAUAAGACGGCACACAGUGAGACAGUGCAUAUGUGUACCACUUAAAAAUCCGCAGGUGUGGCUCUUGCACAGCUGUCUGGCGACUUAGUUGGACCAGCUCGGAAGCUAAGCUGACGUUAGCAUGGCGUCAGAUACAAGUGACACCGAAGAAUUCUAUGAUGCCGCCGAGGACGUUAAUUUUACUCCUUCCCCAAAAGUGUCACCUGCAAAGUUUGUCAUUCCUUCACCCGAGCCGAUCUCACAAGGGUUAGAAAACGCCGAGCAGGAUGUGACCGCUGCGGUGUCUGAGACUCCGCAAGAUGAUUCCCUACAGAUCAUUGACAGCAUCAUCGAGGAGAGUCAAAAGGAGAGUGUUGGUGAGGUGGCUGAGCUCUUAGAUCAGCUUCAUGUCGAUGUCAGAGCAGACUCGGAGCCAAAGGAAGCAAAAAAUGCCGAGGAGGUUCCUGUGAAGCCAACGCUGCCAGCGAGUGGAGCUGAGCCCGCUCAGAGGUCGGAAGAGCAGCAGAACGGGGCAGCAACCAAUGGGGAGUGCUCCUCGCCAGCUCCAGAACCGACGGACCCCCCGGGGCCGCCGGCCGGGGCGCUGGAACGCGUGCAUCCUCCAGACAUCACCAGCACCCUCGGCCAGAGUCAGCCGGACGGAGCUGGCGGGGGUGCAGAAGGCAGCCAGGAGCAGAGACCCGCAGACAUCUUAGAGCAGGUUCCUCUGACGGACAGACCGACUGACUCUGAAUCCCCAGGACCCUUGAAGCCCCCGCGCCAGUUCACGGUGGAGCCCGAUAUUGUAGCCAGCACCAAGAAGCCUCCCCCCUCACGCCCGCCCCCUCCCAGUGGGGGUCCCCCUCCCAGGCCUCCUCCACCGUCUUGGCAUAGCUUACCGUCCAGGAAGUCCCAGGAGUGUUUGCGGCCCACUGCACUGGAAGUGUCUGUGGGUACAGUCAGCUGUGAUUCCCUGGAGCCCUCUGGACUGGUGUCUCCAUGCAGCACAGUGAGGAGCCUGACCAAGGACCUGCAGCAUUCCCUGGAUCUGGCCAGUGCCACCAGUGGGGAUAAAGUGGUCACUGCACAGGAAAAUGACGAUGAACAGAUGUCAUCUCAGGGUGGAGGACAAACUCCAGGCCCGCAGCGUCCACGAUCUAACUCUGGUCGAGAGCUAACAGACGAAGAAAUACUGGCCAUGGUGAUGAUCAAGAAUUUAGACACUGGGGAAGAGAUUCCUCUGAUCCAGGCAGAGGAGAAACUUCCAGCAGGGAUCAACCCCCUAACUCUGCACAUCAUGAGGAGAACCAAGGAGUACAUUACGAAUGACGCGGCGCAGUCGGAUGACGACGACAAGCCUCAGGCUCCGCUUUCAGAGACCGACGGAGGAAAACUGAAGCAGAAAACAACCCAGCUAAAAAAAUUCCUGGGCAAGUCUGUGAAAAAGGCCAAACAUCUGGCCGAGGAGUACGGGGAGAAGGCGGUCAACAAAGUGAAAAGUGUGCGGGAUGAAGUGUUCCACACAGAUCAGGAUGAUAAUUCAUCAAGUGAUGAUGAAGGCAUGCCUUACACCAGACCUGCCAAGUUUAAGGCGGCUCAUAGCCUCAAGGGUCCCUUUGACUUUGAUCAGAUUAAGGUUGUACAGGAUCUGAGCGGCGAGCACAUGGGGGCUGUUUGGACCAUGAAGUUCUCUCACUGUGGAAGGUUGCUGGCGUCCGCUGGUCAAGAUAAUAUCGUUCGCAUCUGGGUCCUGAAGACUGCGUUUGACUACUUCAAUAAUAUGAGAUUAAAGUACAACACUGAAGGUCGCGUUUCACCAUCACCGUCUCAGGAAAGUUUAUGCUCCUCCAAAUCAGACACUGACCCCGGGGCUAGCUGUAUGCCAGAGGACCCAGACACUGAGGACAGAAACGCCCCUUUCCGUCAAGUCCCUUUCUGCAAAUAUAAGGGCCACACAGCCGAUCUGUUGGACUUGUCCUGGUCGAAGAACUUUUUCCUGCUCUCCUCGUCCAUGGAUAAAACAGUCAGGUUGUGGCACAUAUCCAGGAGAGAGUGUCUUUGCUGCUUUCAGCACAUUGAUUUUGUCACAGCCAUUGCUUUCCACCCCAGGGAUGACAGAUACUUCUUAAGUGGCUCUCUGGACGGGAAACUGCGACUUUGGAACAUUCCAGACAAGAAGGUGGCGCUGUGGAAUGAGGUCGAUGGUCAAACCCGCCUCAUCACUGCCGCCAACUUCUGCCAAAAUGGGAAGUAUGCAGUCAUCGGCACCUAUGAUGGCCGUUGCAUCUUCUAUGACACUGAGCGUCUGAAAUACCACACUCAAAUUCACGUGAGGUCCACCAGAGGAAGGAACAAAGUGGGACGCAAAAUCACAGGCAUCGAACCUCUGCCUGGAGAAAAUAAAAUUUUGGUGACCUCAAACGAUUCCCGCAUUCGCCUGUAUGACCUGAGGGACUUGUCUCUGUCCAUGAAAUAUAAGGGUUACGUGAACAGCAGCAGCCAGAUUAAGGCCAGCUUUAGCCAUGACUACUCCUUCAUAGUCAGCGGGUCGGAGGACAAAUACAUCUACAUCUGGAGCACUUACCACGACCUGAGCAAGUUCACGUCCGUACGACGGGAUCGCAAUGACUUCUGGGAGGGGAUCAAAGGUGAGAAAAGGGCGCUCGGCGCCGCGGCCGCUCCGCUGACGUUGUUCCCCGGUACCAAAGCUGUACUCGUCUGUACCUGUCCAGCACACAACGCGGUGGUCACCUCGGCCGUCUUCUCGCCCCAUCCCGGCCUGAUCGUCCCACAAGAAACGGGGGCCGAAAAACCUGAGGCCGACCAGAAGAGCCUGGACUCCACAGAGUCUGAUUCCAUACCGUCAGGAGCCCUCAAAACAGACCACACUGAAGUUCUUCUUUCUGCUGACUUUACCGGAGCAAUCAAAGUUUUCAUCAACGUUAAAAAGUACUGAUGAGUUCAGAGGUUCUCAGUGCGUUGCGUUCAGGGAUGUCUGUCAGAGGUCAGUCCUCAGGAUGGACAACCCUCCAGGACCUUUUUUAUCCCCACCACCUAACAGUUAUUGCUCCCAGGCAAAGCCUGUAGACAAAGGAAUGGCUGUGGGGAAAAGGACUGUACAGAAAAAUGGACAAGGUGAGAUUCCUUGGCACAUUUCUAUUUUUUAAAUCUUUCAUACCAGAUAACUGUGAAUGGUUUGGCAUUUAGAGAUCCAGAGGUGCCAAGAGGUUUGAGCAGACAGUAAGUCUGUUCAGAUGUGUGUACAUUUAUAGCUGUAUGGUCAAGACGGAGUAUACAGGAGCUAGAAGGCUUUUUGCACCAGUAUGGGCACCUUAAAUGUUUCUUUGGCUCUCACAUUUCAGAAAAAUCACCUCUCUUGUUUUAAGUAAGACUGUCUAAGUCUGUCUUUUCUUUUUUUCACAAGACUUGUAACCAUUUGUCCCUGUGUCAAGUUGGAUUGAAAUCUCAUUUACAAACUACUCUUGCCUCGAAUCUAGUUUGCUUUCCUAAAUCCAUCUUCUGGAUAUCAAACAUUUCCCUAUAUACAUGUAAAUCCACAGUACAGAAGAUCUGUAUGCAGACACUAAUGAUUAGUGCUCAGUGUCUUUGUUUUUUCAGAAAUAAUACUGGCGUUUUGAUAAUUUUUUUGGUUCAACAAAAGCACAUUUCAUUAUGAUAAAACUGUAAAUCUUCUGUUUAACAUUGCGUACUUAUUGCUUUUGUAAACAUAAGACGAUCCUUUAUUCCUUUCCUCAAUAAAAAAUCUACUUAAAUUAAACUUGUUUGAACCAUUUUCAGACCCAAGGAAAAGAAUGCCAACAUUUAAUUAUAUGUUUGAUGACUGUCCUCCUUGUCAUGUAAUCAUGUCUUGCCCACAAACAU